GUGCGAUUCAUGCGUCAAAUCAGUGAAAAAGUGGCAAAUCGAGUCGCCUUGUGCUUUGUGCUGAUUGUUACUUUUAAUUUAUUUUUCUCCCAAAUAAAUCGAUUAAAAUUAAUGAAAUUUGUUCUACGCGCAGAUUGACACAAGCAACAUCAGUUCUCGAGAAUUUGGCAACACAGUAACCCUCCAGAGCUUAACGCGAGGCAGGCAAACUUCAUUUUUCACGGUCCUCAAAAGUGACAGACAAAAAACAACAAUGGACGUCGUCGUGGUGCAGUAGUUUCAAUCCCUGGUGGAGAAGAAAAUUGUCCGUGCUUCGUUCUAAAGUGUUGCUCCAACGUACCACUUCUAGUAUCGAUACAGUUUAGAUUGCAGACGAUUUGUCGUCGCGAUGGAUUUCGAGGACGAUUCAUCGAAUACGAGGGAACCUUCGUGUACCCCUCCACUGCCGACGACAGAUCUCACGCCAAUCGAAAUCAUGAAAUUCGUCCAGGCUGACGAUGGUUUGGCUACACCGGUGUUGCCCACUGUUAAUCGAACGGUUGAACCGGAGGGUAGUGAUUUUCCGGAGAAAGUUACAACAAAGACGGCUGGAAUACAGGAAAAGGCGCCAGCAGUGAGCAAAAAUAUUGCAGCAACAGAGAAAAAUGGCGAUCAGAAGAUUGCGGAAAAGGGUGUUCUUAAGGAGGAGAAACUGAAGGUUAAGUUGGCGGAGAUAAACUCGACCGCUGAGCAAUCCGCCGCGAAAAAGGAAGAAAAGAAGAGUGGUGCCUCAAGUCCAUCGGUACAGCCCGAACUGCCUUCACAGGUUUCACCAUCCCGUGAUAAAACACCACCUAUCAAAAAGCGAAAAACCGACACUAAAGAUGCUAGCUCUAGCAAGAGCGCCAGCAAAGAGAAAUCCACAGAAUCCAAGCGGUCCAAGGAAGUGGAAAGGUCGAAAGAAAAAAGAAAGAAGGAACGGAGUAACGAACGCGAGAAGGUGGGAUCCAAGGAUUUAUCUAAACUGAAAGAGCGAGACCGUUCCCAGAUGCAAACGUACGGAAGAUCGAAAAGUAUCGAACAGCGAAAAAGCGUUAGCCGCAGAAGCGGAACACCCCGGGGUAUCCCAAAGGAGCAGAACUCUUCAAAACCAAAAGACGCUAACCGAUCCAAAAUAGAGCGCGGUAAAACACCUAACAUCGACAAAAACAAGAAUGAAGAAAAAUCUAAACGUAGAUCUCGAUCGAGAGAACGCGACAAGACACGAGCAAAGUCGGCGGGAGUUAAAGUGGCUUCCUAUGCAAUCAGCAAAAAGGACAGUAAAGAUAAAUCAGGGGAAAGUGUUCUUAGACGCCGUAUUCAGCUUAGCCACUCGCCACCACUGGCCACAAAAAAGGAACAUGAAAAAUCACCAGUUGUGCUCUCUGCGAUUAAGUACACUACUAGUCCACCGAUCAUAAGCUGGCGGGAGCGAGUGAUUGAUAACAAAUCGGCCCAUUCCACAUCUCUCCGACAAGCCCCGAUUACACCGGCUAUUGCUGCAUUACAGGCCUACGAUGACGAUAGAGAUUCAGACCAAAGUAGAGAAGAGUCCAAAAUGAACAAGCAUGACAAAAAUUACAAAAAAAAUGAAACUCAAUCUUCUUCGAAACGAAAGAAAAAGAUGAAAAGUAAAACAGCCUCGAAGAAAUCCAGGAAAAGCGGAUCAUCGCAUAGAAAAAAAUCCAAGGAUAAACGCAAGGAAGAUAAAAAACGUAGUAAGUCGACCUCAGAGAAGGAAAAAAAUAAUGAAAAUACAGAAGAUGUAAAACUGGACACAAACCCAACAGAGUGCGAUGAUACUGACACUGAGUUGGAUGCGUCUACAUCUUUAUACGAAGACGAUGAAGAGCAUGAUACUAUCGUAAGAAGGAUCAAGCUUGAGAAAGACGAUGAUGGAGAUGAAAAAGAGUUCGGACAAAUUCAAAUAGACUACAGUAUUGUGAAGCAAGAACCUCUGACUGAUGAGGAAAAAGAGAAGAAAAAGCGCGAUCAAGCUCUAGGCAUGGAAACGGUUUCUCAGGAAACACCCGAGCACGAAGGUCCGGAUCCGAAAGCUGCGGAAAUGAUGCUAAAGCCAACAGAAUCUACACCAGCUAGAAAGAAAUUCAAUUGUUCCUUCUUAGACGAUCUGAACUCUGGCAGCAAGAAACAUUCAAAGCCUUUGACCGACAUGCAAAAAGCGGAACUAGAAGAUCGUAACAGAAAGGAAACGGAUUCUCCGGACACCGACGAUUAUGCGUCGAAUUGGGAAAACGAUGAGUUUAGUCCACUAGUCUCAGUCACCAGUAAAGUAUCGGUGGAUACUCCGAAGCCAGAAACAAAGGGAAAACCUCCACUGACCACAGAAGAAGAACUCAAAAGAAAGAGACUGAUUCCCGUAAGCACUCAUGAACAGAUUAUUCCACUGGACGAUCUACUUAAUAUUCAGAAUCAAAUAAAAUCAAUCAAAAACAAGUUGGAAAGCGUGGGUCAAUUGAAGGGAAUUGUUCCGUUAAUGAAGGAAGCCGACAAGAUAUCUCCCCCUGUGGUUGCGGAAAAAACACCAGAUAAAUUGGUUGACGAGUAUCAUAACUUUGUUCAAUCAAUAACAACCGAUACACAGAAACCUGCAACUGUUGAUACACCGGAGAAGAGUAAAAUGACAACUGACCUAGAGUUAGAGAGUCUUCAUAAAGCAUCCCCUAGUACGACCAGCUCCAGCAGUAGUUCGGACAGUUCAAGCUCGAGCUCAGACUCCAGCUCUUCCAGUUCAUCAUCCAGUUCUAGUUCAACUUCUUCGGAUUCGGAAUCAACGGACAGCUCUAGCAAAGACAAAAAGAGAAAGAAAGUUUUUGUGAAGCGGAAGAAAACGCCAUUGAAACCAAUAAUUUCAGCGGAAGAUAUAGAAAAACUGGCCAGUGAACUGAUUCAAUCUGAUCAAUCGCCAUUGGAUUCAGAUCUAAUGCCGGAAGCAGCACGGGUAUCUGAGUUGCCUGUACCAGUGCUUCCGGCGCCUCCUGUUCCAAUACCUCAAGAGCUUUCUACUUCAAUGCCGCAAAUGCCUUCCACUCCAGCGCCAUUAAUUAUUCCCGAACAUUUGAUGCUGAAAAGAGCAGGUUUUGGUUUACCGGCUUCUUCGAAAAUCUACAGCAUCAAAGAUGACUCGUUAAGUGAAACAACCAGCCAUGAGUCUGUGGCGAGUACUAUCAAACCUUUAAAUCUAGAACGAGAGUCACCGUUCAAACUCAAAUUGCAAUCGAAGAACAAAAUUGUACCAGCAGGUACGACAUCCGCUCUGCUAGGUCCAGAGGAUGACGAUGAAGAUGACAAGCAAACGAAUGCAAAGGAGGAAAUUAUUACCCAGGACACCGCAGAAAAACCACCGGAACCGGCAGCGAAGGAUAAUCAAUCUCGGAGGGAUCGUCGUGAUUCAAAACACCCUCGAGAUCGAAAGUCCAAAGAUCGCAGUCCAAGAAGAUCGAAAGACACUGGCAGUAAACAUCGUUCAAAAGAUCGUCAAAUUCGCAGCAGGUCCAAAGAUCGACGAGAUUCGCUUGAGCGAGAUCGGAGAAAGUUCUCCGAACGACGACUACGACACUCACGUAGUCCACCUUUGCGAAGGUUAAGAAGUCCACCGCCAGCUCGCCGUAAACGGUCACGGUCACGAUCCCGAAGCCUGAGUCCGACACUACUUCGCAGACCCCCAAGUCCACCAGAACGGGAUCGUAGUCCUCGAGGUCGCAGAGUUUCGACUGAACGUGAGUGGCGUCGGUCACGAUCUCCCUAUUACCAACGACCUCCGUCUCCAAAAGAGAAACCCCCAGGCGAAAAUCAGAUUGAUGUUGUUACCAGUACUGGUGGUAGUGGCGUUUGUUUCAAACCUCCCAGCGAUCAAUCUCCUGUUGCUGGUUACAAGAAGAGUCUCGCCGAUUCCACCAUCAACGAUGCCGACCUGGAAAUUCAGAAACGUAAGGCUCAAAGCUUUAACGAAAGUUCCGCAUACAAUAAUAUCUACUCUAAAACGUACGGAUUCUAUGGACCGGAAGAUAUGGUUCUUGAGGGACCCGAAGGUGGUGAUUCGCCAAAACGCAUUCCGCUGGAUGAUCGAAUUAAUAUCGUACUUGGAAUGAACGGCAUCGAGGCACCUAAACGUCCCGAUACCAUACCGGCACAUGGCUCAAACCAAUACGGAGAUUACCAGCGUAUUCAACCACUCACAAUGACACACAAUGAUGGCCAUCCACCAUCGCAACAACAAUAUCCAACACAGCCGUACCCGAAUCCCAUUAAUUGUCCGCGGCCAAUGAUGCAUCCUUCUCAGCCACAGCACUUCCAGCACGGCUACCCUCCAGAUUUUCAUAGUGGACCUCCAACGCAGCCACCUCCUCCGUCACCAUCGCAGUACAACUAUGGACAAGGUGCUCGACCUCAAUUCUAUCCCAAUCCUCGCGCGCCGCAACCUGGUUGGAUUAGAACUCCGCAUGGAGGUUGCUUACAACAAAUUUCACCUCAUCCACAACAAAUGUACCCAACUGGCAUGUAUCCCUCGAGUCCAAACAUUCAAGUUCCUCCACCUCCGUUGCCGAUAACGGACCCUACCAAGACUCAUGUCAAACAAGUUGGUAACGUUUUGGAAAUUGUUCCAACUGCAGUUCCGCCAGUACCAGCACCUGUUCCAGGUUCCUUGAAUCAGUCCAUCAAAGCUACUCCACCGCAAACACCGGUGCCCGUGUCCGCGUCAUCUACACCCUUCCAACAGGUUACUUCUCCGUCAGAAACGCCGAAUCUCCUCACGCCAAAGAUUCUAACGGCAGAGGAAUUGAAACUGCGACACGAACGACGUCUAGAAUUGAAGAAAAAAAUUCGCGUCGAACGAGAGAAAAAACGAAUGGAAAAAAGAAUGCGCAAGGAAAAGCUUAAAUUGGAGGUUAAACGCUUGAUGGCGGAAACUGCAACUACUGCGACCAAUAGUUCAUCCGAAGAAGAAGAAUUUGAUGCCGUCAAGCACCAGGAACUACUUGCGGCCCUCAGCAGAGGAUACGAACGAAGUAUCCUUCGCACAAAAACUGGUGCAUGUGUUGCGAGAAAAUCAGUUCUGUUCGCAGACGGUGUCGCACCAGGAGAUGAAUCAUCCUCUGGAGGAGAAGUCCUACGUUCUCCAGCUAAGAUAACGGCUUCCAAAAUGCGUAAGAAACUGCGGCGGAAACGAACACUGAAAGCAACCGGUAGAAAGCGUCUGAUCGAUCGACUUAAGCUACCAGACUUAGAACUUCAAGAACAGGAACGUAUUGAUCCGGAGUUGGAUAGCAUGCCUCCGCCCCCGCCUCCGUCGGGUUCUCCGCCUCCGGAACUAAUGCAACCUCGUUGCAUUAACCCGCCUCCAGUGCAGAUGAUUGAUUUUAGCGAUGCACCACCAAUGCUGCCCUUUCGUGCUUCUGGUGGCAGUUCUACACCUUCGAACACGCCUUCUUCUAAUGGUUCUGGUUUGUCGUCUGCUACGUAUGCUCCAGCAACGCCGCCUCCGAAUGGUGGCAAUAAUUCUACUAAUACAAAUCACAAUCUAAACAUACCGCCGCCCCCUUCAGGCUCAUACCGAGCACCGCCGAUCCCACCCAGCGGAUCGUCCCAUAUGCGAUCGCACCACCAUAGUCAUCAGCAUCAUUACCAUCAUACGCAUAGUCAACACCAUCAACAUCAUCCACAGCCACCACUCCCACCUCCCCUUCCACCCUCACAAUCCAUGAAAAAAUCACGUCGGGAGGGCUAUCGUGAAUCGCCCCACGCCAUCGAAACUAUCGGCUCCUCUGGAUCAUCGAUGCGACACUCGACGUACGACGGGGGACUACAUUAGGUGAUACGCAGAUAAUUGUAAAUAUAGCGCCUGCCAGUUUCCUGCUAUCAUAUUCUGUCUAUUCAAAAGGUAUAGCAUACGAAAACGUAUGUGCAUUUGAAAUAAUAACGAAUUCAGUUCAGCGUUAAUGUACGGAAAUACAUGAAAACUAGUUUUAGAAAUUAUUUGAAAGUAUAUCUAAUGAAGCGAAACUUUCAGCGUCCGGUUCGAGCGGAUCUUCAACAUUCGGAACGGACUAUUUAGUGGCGUGUAAUAUUGUAAUUUAAGGCUAAGAACUAAAAAGCGUAGCGCGUAGUUCGAAUUAAAAAAAACGGUUAAUUUUGUCGAUAAAGUCAGUAUAUUUUUAUUUUAGACUUAACAUCCAAUUGUGUUGAGUAUGCUUACUGAAUAGUAAUAUAAUUCAUUUUAAAAGGUAAUAAACAAAAAUGUUAUGUAGAAACUGAACAGAAGGGAUGCUAUUGAAA